AAGUGUGUGUUUCUCAGCCAUAUCAUAUAAGAGGCACCAGAACCGUCAGAGCGCAGUGUUUACUGUUUCCAGUGUACAGAUACUGUCGUAGCACCUGCUCAUGGCCACACUCAAUACUCAGGCUACCAGCAACUACAGCAUGGUGCCACCUUGUACAAACAUCACUGAAGUGCUUGAGAGGUACUACCUGUCACCGUCUUAUGGCAUCGAGUUCUGCAUUGGUUUUCCUGGCAACUUUGUGGUUGUACUUGGUUACAUAUUUUGUUUGCAGCAGUGGCAGAGCUGCAACAUUUACCUCUUCAGCCUGGCAGUCUCCGACCUAAUUUUCCUCUGCACACUGCCACGUCUCGCGUACCUCUAUGCAAACAAACAAUCAGAGACCAGUCCCCAUGCUUGCAUUAUCAACCGCUAUGUACUCCAUGUAAAUCUUUACUCUUCCAUCCUGUUUAUGGUUUUGCUAAGCAUGGACCGCUUCCUGCUCAUAAGAUAUCCAACACGGAACCAUUACCUGCUGAGACCACGAUCAGCCUUGAUUGUAACAGGGCUGAGCUGGCUAGCUGUCAAUGUGGAAGUUGCUCCAAUGAUAUCACUGAUGAUUCACGACCUCCAGAGCGGAAACUGGAGUCGCUGCAAGGAUUUUGCCAGCCUGGAAGGAAACAUCAAUACAUUGGGCUACAGCCUGGGACUAACCCUGACUGGUUACCUUCUCCCUGUGCUUGGACUUUGUGGUUUCUCCUACCAAAUUGCACAUCUGCUCCGUGUCCAGGAAAGGGCUGUCCAGAACAGGACAACAUCAUACAAGCGGCCUUUAAGGGUUGUUGUAAUGGCUGCAGUCAUUUUUCUGGUUCUCUACACUCCAUACCAUGUGCUGAGAAAUGUCAGAAUAGCAUCUAAUGAGGCCUGGGCAGGGCUUUGUACAAAGAUGUACAUACAGGGCCUGUACAUCCUGACCCGACCGUUGGCCUUCUUGCACAGUGUCAUCAACCCUGUCUUCUACUUCCUCAUGGGUGACAAGUUCAGAGAGCUCCUAUUCGCCAAGCUCAGAAAGCUGGGCAGAAUGAAAGAGCGGCAAAGAGGGCCAGACUGAAAACAUUCAACACAUAUCCCUAUGAGACACACAUCAACAUAGUGCAACCAAACACAUGGACCACCUCUAUCUUUACAUGUAUUUUGUUAAGGAUUUAUGCUUUCCUUUAUUUCUGCUGUGUUUUAAUUACCUCCACCAAUGGAGGUUAUGUUUUCGGUUCGGCUUGUCCGUUGUUUGUUGGUUUGUUUGUUUGUCAGCAGGAUUACGUAAAAACUACUGGCACGAUUUUAUGAAACUUGGUGGAAGGGUGUAGCAAAGAAUCCAAAGAAGAACCCAUUGAAUUUUGGAGCGGAUCUGAA